AACCCUUGAAAUUAUCUUGUUUGAAGGUUUUAGCAAGUAGAGGGGAAUAAAUUCUUUGGAGAUCAAUUUCAGAAUUCAAUUCAAAUCUGAAGGAGCCUCUGUAAAAUCUUUCUACCUAUAUAUACAGUGCCUUCAUUUGUUAUUCAAGUGCAUAGAACUCGUUACAUCUCAGUUAUUCAACUGCACAGAACUCGUGUUAUCUUUGUCUCAACUUUUGUUUUAUACAUUCUGUGGCAGUUGAGUUGCAGAGGCUCCUUGAUUUCAGAUUUGUUUUUUUUUCAAUUGGGCCCCAUUUUUUGCCAGGUUUUAGUUCUUGAAGAUUGAUUUAUUGCCCCUUUCCCCUGUUUUUUGCAAAGUGUCUGGGAUUUGCUUUGAGUUUGCUGCUGUCUUGUCUUCUGGAUUUUACCCCUUCCUUUGGAGACAGUCUCUUCUGUUCUCUGUCAUUUAGCUCAAAGUCACCAAAUCUUAAUACCCAACUGCAAAUUCAGCUGGUUUGCAGCUACAGAGUGAAGCAUUGAUUUACAAGGCAGGGCUGCAAAGUUCGUAAAUUAGAGAGGAUGGUGAUGUGGGUGUUUGGGUAUGCAUCUUUGGUGUGGAAGCCAGGCUUUGAAUAUGAUGAGAAAAUUGUUGGUUUCAUCAAGGGACACCGAAGAGUUUUUAAUCUGGGUUGCAUUGAUCACCGUGGGACUCCUGAAUUGCCAGCUCGAACUUGCACAUUGGAAGCCCAGGAAGGAGCAAUUUGUUGGGGCACAGCCUACAGUGUCAGUGGAGGCCCUGAGGAGGAGAAAGCUGCUUUGGAGUAUUUGGAAAGGAGGGAGUGUGAAUAUGACGCUCAGGUCUAUGUGGAUUUCUAUCAAGAGGCAGAUUCUGAAACCCCAUUAUUGACUGGAGUACUAGUUUUCACCUCUACUCCAGACAAAAUCACAAACAAGUACUUUCUAGGCCCAGCUCCAUUUGAAGAAAUGGCAAGCCAAAUUGCAAAAGCUGUUGGUCCGUGUGGGAACAACCGCGAAUAUCUUUUUAAGUUGGAAAAAGCCUUGUAUGACAUUGGCCAUGAAGAUGAUGAAGUUAUUGAGCUAGCAAAUGAAGUGCGGAAGAUUCUUGGAGCCAUUGAUGACCGUGAGAUUACAUCUUCUGAGAUGGAUAAUGUGAUACCGAUUACAUCUCCUGACAGAGAUAAUGUGAUACCGGCUACAUCUUCUAAGAGAGAUAAUGUGAUACCGAUUACAUCUUCUGAGAGAGAUAAUGUGAUACCAGUGGAGUAUACUUCUUUCUGUUUCCGCAACUACUACGAACAAUUCCUCAUUGCAGGCCCCUAAAAGUUUUGAAGGAAUGGAGUGGAAUUGAUUAUUUCAUCCCUUAUCAAAUUCUAGUUUGGGAUCAUACAGAAAUUUCAUCUAUACUCAGUAAUGAAUUUAAAGCCUUUCAGAACUAUUAGCUAACUCCAAAAUAACAAUUGUCUUCCAAAGACCUUAUACAACCAUUAACAUCUGAGGACAAGGCAUUAAUACCAUAUUCUUAGGAGGAAAAGUUUGGAUAAUUGUUGAGUUCACUUACCAUAUUAAGUCCUUUUAUUAACUACUGUAUAAGGCAAACACCAGAUAUUGUUGUUUGUUUGUAAUGCUCUUUGAGCACUCGCAGAAACCCCUGCUUAUGAAUGCCAAGGGUUUGAUGUACUCAAAAAGAUAGUAUUACUUUUUAAUGGCAGUGGAGAAAAUGUGAAGCAAUAUUUUUAUAACAUGA